CGGUCAUGCACGUCAAAGGAAAUCAGUGUACGGUCCAGGGUAGAGGAAUAGCCGCAUUGGGUAGAUGGUACCUACUUAGUGAUAUAUUUACAUUGUUGAAAACACGGCGCUGUACAUUUUCAGAGCUGUAUGAACUAUUAAUAAGAUAAGCAAGAAACACUAUUCCUUGUAUUUUGUUAGAUCAUCAGUGAUUAUUGAACAAUGCCUUUGAUGACCGGACUUUUUCUUCUAAUGGUGCUGAUUGCAUCUGCAUAUGAACUGGAUCAGAACGAGUCGUAUUCACCCAGAAGAGCACGAUUUUCUGCAAAUACCCCUUCUGACGUGGCACGCUGUCUGAACAGUGCCCUCCAAGUAGGCUGUGGAGCCUUCGCAUGUCUGGAGAACUCCACAUGUGACACAGAUGGCAUGCACGACAUCUGCAAGUCCUUUCUGUACAGUGCAGCUAAAUUUGACACUCAGGGUAAAGCCUUUGUGAAAGAGAGCCUCAAGUGCAUUGCCAACGGCAUCACCUCCAAGGUGUUCCUCACCAUCCGCCGCUGCUCAACCUUCCAAAGAAUGACCUCAGAAGUUCAGGAGGAGUGCUACAGCAAGCUGGAUAUCUGCACUAUCGCCCGCACCAAUCCAGAUGCUAUUGGAGAGGUGGCUCAGCUCCCAAGCCACUUCCCCAACAGGUUUUACGGUAAGCUCCUCCAGAGCCUGAUGAACUGUGAUGAGGAGACUGUGGACCUGCUGAGGGCCAGUAUGGUGUCCAGACUUGGCCCAGAGAUGACCAUUCUCUUCCAGCUUCUGCAGAACAAACCCUGCCCCUCGGUUGCUGCUGCUGCCGUUCCAACUGGAGUGGAGGGCCGAAGGAGCUCACGGUUGUCAAUGGGCCCACACAUGUAUAAGAUCCAGUCUGGUCUACGCAACAGAGACUCUGCCAGCCAUUUUAGCAAGAAGCGCGCCACUGGUGACAGCUCCUAACUCCCACUCAGAUCCAGAAACUACACACACCCCUCAAAAACAUAAGCCAACAGUGGUCUCUUCCCUUGGGUAUUUAAGAAUCAUUCCUCUCCAGACUGGAAAAUAACAUGCACCUCUAAGAGAAUAUCCAAUGUGUUUCAAGUAUAUUUUAUAUCAGAGUUUGAGUGUGAGAGAUACUGUACCUAAGGUUUGAGAGGAUCCCCUCCCCUAAACUAUUUCCCAACUCUAUCACUCACCAAGUUCAUUGAACAUGUUGUAUUGUAUUCUAUUGUAUCUCCACAACUUGGCCCUGUCCAUUCCUGUUCACUCCCCACACUUGAUAUGAAUUCUGAGAGCCUGGUGGGAUGAUGUCCCUUUAAGUUUUCUGUCUAGGAUUUCAAGCACAAUCUUGCAGGUAUGGUUCAUAUCUAUAGAGCACAAAUGUUUAAAAAAAAUAGGGUUGCAGAAUACAAAUGUUUAUCCAUUAAUAUAAUAUCAAUUGAUAUGUCAUCAAUAUCUUCAUCAAUAGAUAAUUAAAUAUUAUUACUAUUAGUUCAUUACUAGAUGUUUCAUACAGUAAAUGUGAAAUAUUUCUAUAUUAUGAUGAGACCAUUAAAAUAGGUAAGCAUGUGCUAUAGAAAUCAGUGUCACAUAGUCACUGACACAAACAGGAUUCUUUUAUUUAUUGAGUUAUUAGUCUCUGAUGGCAACAGCCAGAUCUGUGAGAGAGGCAUGUCCCUCAGAUGAGAGCUAUCCUAAUAAACUUUGCACAGGAAGUUACCUUAACUUGUAACCACCCGGAAUGCCAUGUAGCUAACUCCUAUACCAGAGAAUAUAGCAUUGUUUAGAUACCAUUACAUCUCUUCUGUCCUGAAACACUCAGUUCACAGAAAGUGUGGACCAGCAGUGUAACUUAUGAGCAGGUGACCACCUGAGAUUGAUAGAGGCCACACCAUUAGAUGAACAACAUUCUCCCUGAUGAAUAUGACAUGGAGGGUUUGGAUCAUACACACUGACUUCCAGUGUUGAUAAUGACUAUUUAAAAGCCUUGUUGGUAUAAUAUUGAUAUUUAUUUUCCUACUAUAUUAUUUAAAUUGUUAUUUUAUGAUGUUGCUGUAGUUUUAGUUAGGUUACAGAUAUACAAUUUUAAUGUGCAGUUUGGUCAUAGCUUCUAUUUCAGUGGGGGCUCAUGAUCAAAUACUAUAGGAUCUGCCACUCUCUACAUUGUCCUCUCUGUUGACUGAAUAGGACCCAUGUUAUGACUCUGUGCUGGACAUAGGGGAACAAGUUGGUCAUUCAAGUCAGGUUAUCUUCUUUAUGAGUGUUACAUGGGACUGUCACUUAAACAACCCAUAUUGCAAACAUGGUCACUUAUGUACUGGUGCAAGGGGACUCUGUUGGGAAUGUGUGUGUAUUUUCCAAGCACGAUUGAUUAUGUUAUGAAGGUAGAGAGAAAUUGUGGUCAAGCCAUUCAUUGUACAUUUAACAGCUAAACUUGAAGACUGAACUGCAAAGCAUUUGCUGGAUCUAUCCUUAAUAUCAUGCAAAAUAAUGUUUCUCUCAGAAAGGUUACCCUGGUGACAUUACUCCAUAAGUGCUUCAAUAAAGGGAGGUUAAUUCAAGAGACUUUUCACACAUGCCUGGAUGAAGGCGAUGUGCACAAGGGGAAAAUAAUGUUAGAGAGAUCUGGUGGUUUUACAAUACCAAAUCAUUUGAAAUGUUAAGAACUCACAAACCUAUGCAAUAAUCUCUCAUAUGGAGGAUUCACAAUAACACACAACCUUGCCCUUUGUCACAAACAGUGCCAGCUGAUGCUGAAUGAAUGUGGCAGCAGCUCAUUUGCUCCCAUACUCAUAGUGAAGUAUGCAGGCAAUGCAAUGUGCCCCUAGACUCCCCCUUUCUGUUUCUGUGUUUGUUGCUGUGGUUUAUGUUGUAUUGUUUUUUGUUUUGUCUUUUUCUUGGGAUAUAAUAAUAUCUUGCUUUUAGUAGCAAUAUAGUAUAUAUUAAAAAGAAAAAGUAAGGAAAAAAAAUCACUCAAAUGUUAAGACUGUAUUAGCAAUGUAGUGUAUCUUACUACUAAUGUUACAUAUGCACUUUGCAUCUCUUAUGACCACUAUAAAGGGGCAUUGAAACAUUCAUCACUUGCGAUGGGUUGGGACUACUUCCUUCCUAUACUGUUAAUACAUGUAUUUCUGUGUCUGUAAUAGCUGGACAAAAUCCAAAACAUUUGCUGCUAAACAAUAGCUUGCUCCCCUGUAUGAUAGGUUAUCAUUUUACAUUUACUUGUAUAUCUAUGGUGAAAACCCAUUCACAGACCAUGGCAUCAAUCUGUAUACUUGCAUUUUACCAUUUUCAUUCAGUUUGGUACUUCUUCUGGAAUUUGUAAAUUUAUUUGAAUGUUGCUUGCAGUGAACAUAUUUGACAAUAGUAUUCUGUUUAUUUCCUCUCCCUUGAGACUAUGCUUAUAAAUCCAAAUUCUGGGUAACUUUAGAGAAUGUAUCUUAUAUUGAAUGUUUGUUCUGGUGAGGAUGUGCCCAAACCUAGAUGGUUCAUUGACAUAUUUUAUAAUGUGUGUUUAGUUAAAGGUGCAUAGUGUAUGAAAGUCUGUAAUAGGCAAAUAUGAGAAUUAAAUUAACAGACUUACAAGUCAUAUUUUGUUAUUUCGAGACAUUUUGUUUUAUUCAUUAGGCUAUUUGUUGCAAGACAAGAAUAGGGUGCAUUUUGGUGGUAGGCCUACUGGAUUAUUAGCUAAAUCUAUCCUUAGGGAAAUCAGUGAAAUUGGCAGCAGCGUUUUCUGUUGAUACACCAUAUGUUUAUGGCAGGCUGGGGACUGGGCUCCCUGAACUCUGGAACUCCAUGGUACUCUUUCCCCUCAAGACUUGAAAUCAAUUUGCCAGAAUUAAAACUACUUGGGUGAUCAGUAAGAGUGAAAUCUUAAUCGUAGUGACAGUUACUUUACUUUCAAAUUCAUAGACGAAAGUUAUCAGUAAGCCAUUUGCGGAGAUUACUUGCUGAAGUUCCGAAUACAGUAGCUAUGUUAAGCAUGAUUGAUCCUUGUGAAUCACUUGCACUUUAAUACAUACCCAUCUACAUAUAUACCCAUUAUGUAUACAUGGAUGUAUGGCUUUUUUCUCUGUGCUAAAAAUAAUGAAAGAUACAAAUGCAUCAACUGUGUGUCUUUGCUGAUUAGAAAUAAACUAUUAUCAUAUCUGGCA